GCUCUGCCCCAAUUCGGAGGCUAGCACAAAAGAAGCGCCGACCAAUCUCUCUACAUCACAAACGGCCGACGUCCGUUUGAUGUCGCUUUAAUUACGAUAAGGAACUUAAAUACCAGCUCUACCUCCGGCCCAAGCUCUUGUCUAAACACGGGAUUCUGACGACUUGGCGCCUGAUAGUAUGGCGGAACAGCAGCAAGAAUCACCUGGCGCGGGCCAGUAUGAGAACAUGCAUAUCGUUCCCUUAACUGGUAAAUUAGUAGCGAACAUGAAGAACAUGGCAACAGUUACCGGCCGUAAUAAGGAACUCCUCUUGAUCAUUGAGAGCUUACGGGACCAUUACAAUGCCACUUGUGAUGUUUACUACUCUGGCGCUCUUCGUGCCCUCGAAGCUCGUGAUGCGCGCAAGGCAUCCGCACCUUCCAAUUCCCAUGAAGUCCAAAACACAACGGCCCUACGUUCUGAUAAUAAAAAAGCAUACUCCCACUGCAUUGACAUUUAUCCACAUUCUACUGGCCCGGGCGAGAACCCCGGUAUCCCGCCGACGCCUCCUGGCAAACUGUAUCGCCCCCUCACACCAACAGAUUUCGGCCGUGUUUCGAUCAACCACACACAGCCAGAUGAAGCACCAUAUGAACCAGAAGUGCAAGCCGUCUACGACGCUGUCCUCGGAAUAGACCAGGCUACAACCAUGUAUCAGCAAAAGGUGGAAGACUACAAAGACCAGCUUCUGCGGCCUCUGGAUCCCACCGACGCCGCAAAGGCCAGGAAAAUGGUGGAUGAGCUUCUGGGAAUUGAGAAGCGAAAGAGCUUCGGUCCAAGAAAACAACACGGUGGUUCCAGGAGCACUGUUCUCGACAGCCCAACCCUGCAACAGUCUCCCUUGCAGAUGCAAAAUCUACAAAAAUCCCUGUCGACUAUGCCCGCUGCUAGCAGUCCCGUCGACGAGAGAACCAUCACUACUCCUCCGAGGUCGCGUUACGUACCUAAUCCUCACAUGGCUGGUCCCACUUGGGCUGGAGGAAUGGCACCGCAAGCACCAAUGAUUGCAAAUGCACAGACACAAGAUGGCCAAGCUGCUAACAGGUCCAUGGGUGCAAGGGGCAAACAGAGCGGAGGGGAUCUGGUUCUAGCGGAUCCGAGACUCCGUAACAGGUAGAUGAUGUGCUGGUUUCGCUCUGAAGGAUACAAGUUAGCGAGGUAGCUUCAGAAUUGCUUUAGGAACGAGGUUAGUCCAUUGUCAUGGGCAUUUACAUAAAGCAGCAUGCGAGGUAGCUUCCAUGCUCCGUGGAGACAAAAUUGAAUUAACGGGUUU